CCAAGUCUUGCAACCAUCGAAAUACUUCGCUUCCCAAGAGUUUCCGGCUCCACUCGUGUAAAUUGUAAUGGUGGUCAUUGUUGUCUUUCCGGCCUGGGAGAGAAACGGGCAAUUCACCCCGUUACAAAAGCGUGGGUUAUAUUGGCCGUGUCUCCUCCUCCUGGUCAUUUUCCCCAUCAUUACCUUUACCUGGCCGGAGUGAGUCGCUGAAUCUCUCCUGCUCCGUUGUCCAUACAAUUAAUGGAGUCAUGGCGGAGAUUCCUGAAAUCAAACCCCAUCUUAUUACUACUGCUACUACUUUUUCAUUGUUAUUAUCAUCCAAUAAAUAUCAGAUCACUUCAAUUCAUAUCUCUUGAUUCAAUUUAGAUUUACCUAGUAAAUACCAAUUUCGUUGUAAUUAAUUCUCAGUUUCUGAUUCUAUUUUCUAUCUUUACAUUUCCUUAUUUUAUUAUAUGCAAUAAUGACUAUAUUCUUUGAUAUCUUUCUUUAAAUUGAUUUAUUUGGUAGUUAAUUCCAAGAAUUUUUUUUCAUAUACUGAGUGUGUGAAGUUCAGUAAUGGCAUCAAUUAGAAGAACAUUGUCUCCAAUGGCAAGACCAGAAGGACAAAAUGGAAAUGUUCUUCAUUCAGGGCCAUCUCCUUUAUCUAGGUCUAUUUCGUAUAGUAGGAGAGAGCCUGUGUUGGUAACUACAUUUUCUGAUUUUGUGGAUUCGUUUUCAGUUCUGUAUCGAGUUAAGUCUAGAUUACUUGGUGUUUUUUCGCCUUCGCGUGGCGUAGAAAGAUCGAAAUCGAAAAGACGAGCUGGUUGGAGGAAAUUGUAUAUCCAUGUCUUCAUUUGUUUUAUUGUUGGUGUUGUCAUGGGUUUGUUUAGUUUAGUGUCAAUGAAUAAGGACGAAGCAGUGUUUCCUUUAGAUGUUCGUUCGUCUAGUGAAAAUGCAAGCAUUGAUACUCCUUUUGAUGUCCAUUUGUCUAGUGAAAAUGCAAGCAUUGAUACUCCUUUUGAUGUCCGUUCUAGUGAAAAUGCAAGCAUUGGUACUCCUUUAGAUGUCAGUUCGUUUAGUGAAAAUGCAAGUAUUGAUACUCCUUUAGAUGUCGGUUCGUCUAGUGAAAAUGCAAGCAUUGAUACUCCUAUUGAGGAAAAUGGUGGGAGAAUUCUUAGUGAAUUCGAAUUGAUACAGAAUGAUACUGUUCUUGUUCCUAGGAAGCUUUUGAUAAUUGUUACAACAACAUAUACUAGGCCUUUUCAAGCUUAUUAUCUGAAUCGCCUAUCGCACACGUUAAGCAUGGUGCCACCUCCAAUGGUUUGGAUAGUUGUGGAAAUGUCUAACCAAACUACUGAAACAGCAGGCAUUUUGCGCAAAACUGGAAUAAUGUAUAGACAUUUGGUAUGUGGUAACAAUAUAUCUGAUAUAAAGGAUGGAAGUAUUCACCAAAGAAAUGUGGCAUUAGCUCACAUCGAAAAGCAUCAACUUGAUGGGAUUAUGUACUUCGCAGAUGAAGAUAACAUGUAUUCUAUCGAGCUUUUUGAGCAAAUGAGGGAUAUCAGACGUUUCGGUAAAUGGCCAGUUGCAACGCUGACAGAGAACAGAGCAAUAGUGGAAGGUCCUGUUUGUAAUGGCUCCCAAAUUAGUGGAUGGCACACAAAUGAAAGAAUUGGGAGAACCAAGAGGAUUCAUGCUAGCAUGUCAGGUUUUGCAUUCAACAGUACUAUAGUCUGGGACCCGAAGAGAUGGCACCGUACUACUCUUGAACCUAUUAGGCAGCUCGAGAAAGUUAACGAAGAUUUCCAAGUGAGUGCAUUUAUAGAACAACUUGUCGAGGAUGAAAGCCAAAUGGAGUGUUUAGUUGACUGCUCGAAGGUCAUGGUUUGGCAUCUCGCUCUGGAGGCUUCCCAUCCCUUGUAUCCUCAUAGAUGGCAUCUCCCUCUGGAGGCUUCCCAUCUCGAUGAAGAUAUGCUAAUUAAUAGAACUCUACAAACAAAAGUGGCGCCAUAAUGUGGAAAACAAAAUGGAUAGGAUUCACAAACAAAUGCAGUUCCUUGGUAAGUUACAAAGAGAAAUUGCAGAGGAAGGGCCAGAACCCUGAAAGCUACCAUCUGUAUCGAUUGUGGCAUGUAAAUUGUUAGGUCAGGCCAAGAGAAUGUUUUGCAGACAUGAAAUUUAUGCUAUCAGAUUCCUUUGUUCUUGUUUUUUCUGAAAUUUAGGUGAAGCUGUUUAUGCAGUCAUAUUUAGUUUGGUGUUGUGCAUUGUCGCUUUUGACAGACAUGCAAAGGCUGCAACAGCUAGGUCAGAAGGAGCGGAACCAUCCGCCAUCCCUUGCAGGGAGAUGCAUGGUUCUUAUGUGUAAUUUAUGUUUUCUGUGCUUUGCUAGCAUUUCAGUACUUUGGAUAAGCUGGGUAGGAAAAUUCAAACCUGCUGGGCAUUGCCAGAGAAAA